CAAAGUUUAAACUCGCCCGUCCUCCACCAAAGUCAUGCCAUGUACUCGUCCAAAAAUACCGAGCAGCCUCCACUCACGUGGUCUGGACCCUGACAUUGGGACCCUGGCCACUGUCGCCACAGCUUCACGAGCACGCACACACUUCACAAAGCAUGGCAUCGGGCCACAGCCUCGAUGCGGAAGACUACAGCCUCUACAGCAGCCUGGGGGAAGAGGAGCUCAUCAGGAUGGCCGUGGAGCAGAGUCUGCAGGAGGUGUGUGGCGGUGACGGAGCCCCGUUCCAGCAACUCAACGCGGCCACGGCCACAGCGAACCCGGGCCUCCGCAGGCAGCCGGGGAGCCAGGGCCGACGGGUCGUGUUCUCCCAUGGCUCGCAGGACCAGGAGGGCCUCUUCAAGCCUCCAACAAACAAAGUCAGUCCAUGGAGGAGUAUUCCACCACCAGUUCAAGAACAGACAGGGAGGCUGCUGGACCCGGUGUGGGAAGCCGUCUCCGCGGAUGACGGCACGGCGCUGACUCGGCUGCGACGCAGCGGCGCGGAGCUGAGGGUCACCACGCCGCACGGCUGGAUGGCCGUGCACGAGGCGGCCUACCACGACAAGCCGUGCUGCCUCGGCAUCCUGCUGCAGGCUCACCCCGACACGGUGGACGCUCGCAGCAAGCAGAACGAGACGCCGCUCUACCUCGCCGCGUACCGUGGCCACGUGGCCUGCGUGCGCAUCUUGCUGGCGGAGAACGCCACCGUGGACGUCUGCAGGCACGUCAAGGAGACCCCGCUCUACAAAGCCUGCGAAAUCAACAACUCCGAGGUGGCGUCGCUGCUCAUCGCUCGCAGAGCCGACGUGAACUACCGCAACAUCUACGGCAACAUGCCGUUGCACGAGGCCACGUCGAAGGGCAACCUGGAGCUGGUGAAGCUGCUCGUCGCCUACGGGGCCAAGCUCCAGUUCAAGAACAAGUUCGGCAUCUGUCCCUUCUUCAUGGCGGCUCAGUGCGGGUGCCUGAAGGUCGUCCGGUACCUCGUGUCUCUGGGUGUUGAUGUGAACAGCGAGGCCUGUGACGGCACCACGGUGCUGUUUGAAGCCGCCAAGAACGGCCACGCGGACGUGGUAGAGUUCUUAUUGUCUCAGGGAGCCGACCCCAACCGACCUACCAAGGACGGGCUGCUGCCCAUACACGUGGUGGCAGCCAAUGGCAAUGAAGGGAUCGUCGAGCAGCUGCUGAUGCCCGUGACCGACGAGCUCCAGGUGAGGCGGAGCGGCAUCAGCCCGCUGCACCUGGCCACCAAGAACGGCCACAGCGACGUCCUGGAGCUGCUUCUCAGCAGCGGCGGGCUGGACGUGAACGCGACCCUCUCCAUGGACCGCGCGCGCCUCUACGAGGACUGCCGCUCCACGCCGCUCUACUUCGCCAUCAUCAACGGCGACUACCGCUGCGCCGAGCUGCUCCUGGAGGCGGGCGCCGACCCCAACAUCGACCUCCUCAAUCCGCUGCUGGUCGCCUCGCGCAUGCACGCCUACGCCCUGGUGAGGCUCCUGCUAAACCACGGGGCCAACGUGAACGCGUACAUCCCCGCGCGACCCACCGCCUUCCCGGCCACAAUCAUGGUGUGCCUGCGGGACCUGCGCAUCCUCAAGCUGGUGCUGGAGCGCGGCGCCGAUGGGGGCGCCUGCUUCGAUUGCCCCUUCGGCAGCGGGGAGCACCCGCCCCUGCCCGAGAAGCUCAAGCCGUGGGAGGAGAGGUGGUUCAACGGGCCUGGGAACGUCCUACAGUUCUGUGAGAUGAUGGCGUCCUCAGAGAUAAACAGCUGGGCCGGGCCCAUCAUAGACACCAUCCUGCACUUCGUGGCCAACGUGCGCCUGUGCUCCAGGCUUAAGGAGCAGCUUGACACCUUCAAAGAAUGGACCUUGGUCAAAGACAUUGCAGAAUGCCCACGACCGCUGGCACACCUGUGCAGGCUGCAGAUCCGUGCCAGCGUGGGAACUCAGCGAGUGCUUUUGUUGGAAAAGCUGCCCCUGCCUCGCCCGCUGCUCAACUAUCUGCGCCACAAAGACAACGACAGCGUGGCAGUCUGAUGGCAAUACAACUCCCCCCAUACGUUGAUUCGUCCACCCAGAUGGACUAGCUAUCAGUCUUACCCACAGUGUUCAACUAUAACAGUGCGGGUAAACGUACUUCUAUUUCUCCUGCUUCCCGCUUAUCGUUGAUGUUUCCAAGUCCUAAUAACUUUGCUCUGCUCACAUAUUAACUCUUUAUUUAUUACAAGUUUAAGGGUGUUGUUUGUUGCUGGCUCCUUGGUAUUUCGGGCCACUAAUGCCUGCCGACGUUGGAGGUGAGGUUAAAAUUGGUUAAGUGGUCGGUGCCAUUUCAUUUUUUUUGCCAAUUUUUAUUCCAAUUAUUCCGUAUGAGUUUCCCAAUGAGAUAAAGCGUUCGUUUGGAAUGCAAGCCAGUUCUUCAACCUGCAGAAUAAUAUAUUAAAAAACGACCAAUGACAUAAAUUCAAGUCACCUCCCGUAUCCAAAUGCCAUGCGACACCAUAUAUAUUAAAAAAAAAACAAUAUUGUAACUGCAAGGCCUGGACUAUAGCCAUAUUAAGUGAAACAAAAAAAUAAUGUAAAGUGCGUUUUUGUGUGUGCGGUCACUGUUGACUGGCUUGAGACCAUCACAUUUCUACAUUUUGAUAACCAGGUUUAAACAAGGGUUGACUGAAACUGAAACUCAGGAUGACAAUGGUGGGGAUUCAGUCCGACGAUUGCUUUUUCCACCCGGUCCACCUAGGUGCUCUUUUUAUAUUUUAUCUGCCCCUCCACAUUUAUACAGACGCAUUUCUUUGCUCUUUUUUAUGCGUCCGUGUAUAACGAAGUUAAUGGAGGUUUCAUUCAUUAACUUUGUUUGGUUUGCACUUUCAUUUGGAUGACUUUUGAAAUAGCUUUGCAUUAUUUGUGGAUGUCAACUAAAAAAUGGUGCAUUUUUUAGUACAUUUAAGCAGAAAAUUCAUUUAAAAAGACGCAGUGCUAUGCAGUCAAGACAAAACAUCCAAAGUGCAAAUUAUUAAAAUAAUCCCAGCACUAUUUACGGUUACGUGAACAGAAUAUGACCUUUUGUGGUAGUGUAAUUUUUAAUAAAGAAUAGAAAGGUAUACAUUUAAGAACCACAAUAGAACAUAGCUUAUAAAUGUUAUUUUUUGUAAUUGCACACCAUACCUUGAAAUCACUUACUUUCAAGAACUUUUCAGUGAAACAUUAUCGCAUAGAAAAUGUUGCCUGGAUUUGAAAGUUAAUUUUUAAGCGUUUCAUGAACAGACAUGUUUAAAAUGCAUUUUCAAUUGUCUGUUAUGCGUGUGCAAUUAUAAUAAUAAAGUGAAUUCGUGUGCACAUGGAAAUGUAUAUACAUCUUCACAUGAACACGACUCAUGCCUACACGUUGCAAUAUUAAAGAAUGACUGCUGGCAAAUCUCACUUUAUAAAUACAUCACCACUCCCCCUGGAGGGAGCUCCAGGGGGAGUGGUGGCACAGUGGUGAGUGCACUUCACUGUGAUUAGGGCUAAGUUCUAGAUAAUAAGUUUUCGUGACUGCAAGGAUCCAUACUCUUUGGUUCUUUCGGUAAAAUCACGUAGGUGAAAAAAUAAAAAUGAA